CUCAAUGAGAGAGAGAAAAGGGCGGCGGGCGAGGUACCUGGAAGGCUGAAGGUCUGGUUCCAGGACCUCCUCUCUCGGGACGCAUACUUUCCCCUCCACUUGUUUACCAACAAGAACCCCAAAGAAUAAAGGGGAGAAGAGGCCUUUGUACGCGGACCUCAAUCACAAAACGGUGGUCGACAAGAUCGGUGUCGAGUCUGACCUGAAGCAUGGCGACUUUUGUGUCGCGAUGGGAGCAACAUUUCCGUCUCCUAUCCACGAUCCCGGAUUGCGCGGAGAACUUUGAGGCGGUCUUGCGCGUCGACAUGGACACUCGCCGUCGCAAACGCGACAUCAAACAGGAGAAGGAGAACGUCCGUCUGGAGAAGAGCAACGCUGAGUUGCGGGAGGAGCUGGCAAGGAGGACACGGGGGGACGGUGACGGCGGACGCCGCGACCAUGAGGGCGGUUCGCGGCGG